CAUUUCCACAAGUGUGCCUGUGUUCACAAGUUAAAGCAUGCCUGCAAACGUUCUGGAAUAUCCUGCCACAUUACAAAAGCAUGGGAAGAAUUUUAAUUCGAACUAAAACUCAAGCAGAAUUUUCUAUAUUGGAUUCUGUACUGGAUAUUUAAACACCAACAUAGAAGAAAAAAUAGUAAAUGGAUACAUCUAAACCUAGUCGGAGCGAAGCUCAUGGACUUCUUGAUGAGUCGAUUUCAUCAACUUCAACAGCGUGUUGUAAUUCACAGAUUGUUGACGCAAAACUGUCCGAAAACAUGAGUAAGCUGUCAGUUCAAAACAACUUAUCCAGUAAAAGGGGACUUGUUGAACCGCAACAGUCGACAAUUUCCUCAAAACGUGACAAGCAUUCAGUAAGUAACCAAUCGCAAAAUGUGACACCACAAACUGAGACUACCUACUCAAAAAGAAAAGGCACUGUAGAUUAUGGCAGAGGAUACGAAUAUCUGACAUGUGCUCUUUUCGCUUUGAAGUUUAGCACAAGCGACGAUGUGACCGAUUUUAGAAUAUUUACCAAUGACCAAAUUUCGGGGAAUUUUGAUGAUAUUAGAAUAGAAGUUACAUUUAACAGUGGUAAACAACACACUUUUCUUUUUCAACUGAAACACAAAUACAACAAAGAGCGAAUCACGAACGACACGUUGAUGAAGGAAUAUAUACAAAAAGGAAAGAAACAAGAAAAAAAUAAGUUUCAUUUACCAAGUUACUUAAAGUGCAUAUCUGAAAUCGAUUCCAAGGAAAACACGACUUUCAUUCUUUACACGAACAGUCCAACAAAUAUAGAACGCGAUUCCAAAUUGUCUUCUAAAAAGUAUUCUUUCAGAGCAGAGGAGUCCAGAAGCUUUGAGUUUGACAACUUGCUUUUAAAUACUGAAGAUACAAGAAGUGUUUGGCAAUUUAAGGUAGACGGCAACUGUGGAGACGAAACAGAACAACUGAAAAAUGCUUGUGAAAUGUUUUAUUUGUUUUCAAACCAAGCAUGCAUAGAAACAGUCAGAAAACGCAUCAAGUCUUUAGUAGAAGAUCUGGUGCACUGCGAUAUCUUUGACUCAUUCACGAAAUAUAUGGAAGAUUGGUGGUGCCAGAAUUUCGUUCUGACAAAAGACGACAUAUUAGGCAAAUUAGCGACGCUAGCGACAUAUCCUUUCAUCGAAACUAUAUCUAGUAAGCCCAUGAACGAAAAAAUACAACUGCUCAAACACAUGAUGAUACAGUUUGAAAUAACGAUGGUAGAAAAUAGUGAAAAAGAGAUAGUUAAAAAUAUGUGGGGCGAAAUUCACCAAGAGCUCGACUGGAAGUCAACGCACUUUAUAAAUUUGGAAGUUAACGACUACAAGCCCACCGAUCUAGAAAAAUCAAUUAUUUUGUGGUAUUUGGGUACAGUUCCGCUUAUUCUGAGGGUGGACGACUCUAAUGUGAUGCUAAUUAACGACGUCGUUGCACUGCUACGAAAAAAAGUCAGUGCCACAAAACUUGUUUUAGUGGGGGAUACGACAGGAAUCGACUCUGAUAAGUGGAAAGUUUUUACCAACUUAGCUGAUGUGAUGAAGAGGUGCUGUGAUGAAGAAAACUACUUACACAUUAUGGAUGAUUUUAGAAUUUCACUACAAGGAAGAGAAAGUAUAUCUUUGAGACAACUGAUUGACACUGAUUCCAAUAUUGCAGAAUUCAUUAAAAUAAAGCAUUUGUUUAUAAUGGCUCGCCAACAACAUAUUCUCAUUGGUGAGGAAGGUAAAAAACUGCACGAUUUACAUGUAGUACGCUCAGUAUCUGCUGUUUUACUUAACAAGAAACAUCUUCUUAAGUUGUAUAAUGCCCCAGAAAAUCUGAUAAUAAUCAACUGUCAUGAAAAAUUGCAAGAUUUAUUACCUAGAAUGAACAGUAUAAAAACCGUACAAUUACCUACGUAUUUUUCUAACGAAAACAUACAAGCUCAUGACAGAUUCGUUCUACUAUCAACAGGUAAUAGAUGUACAUCUGUAGAAUUUGAUAAAAUAUGCAAGAUAUCGAACGCACGAAAUAUCUACUUACUUCAAGUCCUUGAUGACGACCGCUUCAUGUUAUUGUUCAAGAAAAACAACGAUCUACCACCUGAUCAUCAAAAAAUCUGUAUUGAAGAAUCGAAAAUUUUUGAUUAUUUUUCUAAUUCUCCGAAUGUUUUGUGUGCUCCGCCAGGAAUGGGCAAAUCACGUUUGAUGCAAUGUUUGCACAACACUUGCCCAAAUGAUUGUUGGGCAAUCUACGUUGAUUUGAUCAAAUACCAUUCUUUACUAUCGACAAAUCCGACUUUUCAGUCAAUUGAGACCACUGUAUUGGAAACAAACGUACCUACAAGCGAUUUAUUGGUGACCCAAAUUAAAAAUAUGUUAUGGCAAAAAGGAAAAGUUCACGUAUUUCUCGACGGAUUAGAUGAAAUGAAGACCGAAUAUGUGUGUGCAGUUUUCCAUUUUGUGAAAGAAUUAUGUUCACGAAAUAUAUCGGUUUGGAUAUCUUCAAGGGAAAAUUUACGCAAGCAAAUUUUCCAAAAUCUGCGUGCCGUGGCUGUAGAAAUUCUAGAACUGGAAAGAGAGCAACAAGAGAAAUAUAUAGAUGAUAGACUUAAAGAUGCGUACGAAAUUGAAGCGAUUGAAAAAAUUAAAACUGCAGUUUUUUAUAAUGUGAACCUUAACAACAGCCGAGAAUUGCUCGGAAUUCCAUUGCAGUUGUACAUACUGACGGAAAUAUUUCUCAAGAGUAAAGAAACCUACGAAUCACUACAACAAAGUAUCUUUGUUUUAACUCAAAUGUAUAAGGUAUUUUUCGACGGAAAACUGAAAACAGCCAUGCUCAAAGUUGCUGGGGAAUAUCAAGAUCAUCAAUUCAUACUGAUGGAUUUUAUUUUUAAUUUGUAUGAAAUUCUCGCUCUGAAAACUUGUUUAAAUGACUUCGAUUUUGAGAAAUUACAUUUAAACAAUACGAAAACGGAUAAAUAUAUUUCUGAAAUCAAAGAGAAUGGUGAUAAAUAUGGAAUAAUAAAAGACGUUACUAAAAGCGGAGAGGCAGUAUUUUAUCAUCAAACUUUUGCCGAAUAUUUCGCCUGUUCGUGGUUAAACAACAACCGAGACAAAGUCUUACUUCUGCGUGAAGAAAUUUUUUCCAACAAAUAUGAGAAUUUACGACUGAUGCUGGACAUAAUGUUGGCUGAAAAGAAUCCUUUACAUCUUGCCAUCAUCUAUAAAAGUAUCGACUACUUUGAAAAUAAUAUUACUAAUAUCAAUAUCAGAGAUGAAGGUGGUCGAAGUGGACUACAUCUAGUAUGUACGUAUGGAAUCAAAUAUCCUGAAGUACAAGUCGCACUUGUAGAAAUAAGCAAAGAGGAAGAUUGGUAUCUGCAAAUGAUUAAACGUCUUAUAAAAGACUUGAGUGUUUCUGAGACUGAUGUUCUGUUUAAAUUCGAUUGCUUGGACUAUUCAGUUGCAUCGAAAUGUUUGUAUCCACUAGAACUGUUCUUAGAAAGACAAGUUGUUAGCUACAAUGAUUUUAAAGACAAAAUUCUUAAGAGCUACGAUGAAGAAAGCUUGGCAUACUAUGCCGCAAAAUUAGGAUAUCCUAAUAUUUUAUCUGCUGUCAUCAAAGAAAAUCCAGAACUUGUGCAUAAAAGAAUCUACGACAGCCACCUUUUGGAGAUAGCAACUUUAGGACUGGAAAAUGAUGUAUGCACAACCCCAAGACAAGACAAUAUUUCAGUGGUGAAGUUAUUGCUACAAAAUGGCGCAGAACCAAAUAAAGAGAACAAUGGCUUCACAGUCCUAGAUCAAAUUUGUCGUUUCAGAAAAUAUGACAUGGUGUUAGUACUUCUUGAAAAGGAAGCACGAUGUUCAUCUGGCAACACUAUAUUGCACCAACUUAUAAAAUCAUCUGUUGAAUUAAGUGUCCUAGAGAACAUCUUCCAAAGUGUAGACCUAGAUGUCGAUGCUAAAAAUGAUAAUGGAGUAACAGCAUUACAUCUGGCCUGUGAGCAUGGAAGUUUUGAUAUUGCCAAGUUGCUAAUCAAAAAGAAUGCGAACGUACAAGCUUUAGACGAUAAUAACAAAAACGCCUUACAUUAUGCUUGUCAGGCGCCUGAAAACAGCGAAGUUAUAACAAAACUGUUAAUAGAGAACAACGUUGACAUAAACUGUCAAGAUAAAUGGGGUAAUACUGCUUUACACUUUGCAUGCGAAUAUGGCAAUAUCGAAGUUAUUCAGAAUUUAGUUGAAGGAGGAGCAGAUGUGAAUUUAGGUAACAGCAAAGGCGAAAAUGUUUUACAUUGUACAUCAAAAGCACAAACAAAUUGUGAAGAAAUAAUUAUCCUGUUACUGAAAUGUGGAAUUGGCAUUGAUAGCCGAGCUAACAUGGGAACAACACCAUUACAACUUGCCUGUAAACAUGGCAACUAUAAAGCAACAAAUAGUCUACUUAAACAUGGAGCUAAUGUAAACUGCAUAGAUCAUAUUGGCGAAAAUGCUUUACAUCACUCGUUGGACCUAAAUGAUAACAUGGAAGUGAUAAAUCUGCUCUUAAGUAACGGUAUCGACAUAAAUGCCCAAAAUGAGAGAGGAACAACAGUAUUACAACUGGCAUGUCAAUAUAAUAACUUUGAAAGUGCAAAAACGUUUCUUGAUAAUGGGUCAGACAUAAAUAUGACCGAUAACGAUAAGAACACUGCUUUACAUUAUGUUUGUUACAACGAAGCUGAAAACGAUUGGUGGAGUGAUAUUUCAAUUAAGUUGUUGAUAGACAACGGUAUAGAUAUUAACGCUCAAAAUACAACUGGUACUACAGCAUUACACAUUGCGUGCCAGAAUGCUAACUGGGAACUUACAGAAAUCUUGGUUGAGAACAAAGCAAGUGUAGAUAUUAAAGAUCAUGAUGAUAAAAAUGCUUUACAUUGCGCACUACGCUCAGGAAUAUACGACGACAGUAUUUUCGAACUGUUAGUAGCUGAAAGUUUCGAUGUUGAUGCUGCAGACAAAUAUGGAACAACACCCUUAAAACUGGCAAGUCAGUUUGGUUACUUUGACAUCAUGGAAUCAUUAAUUGCAAAAGGAGCGAAAUUUUCAUCAACGUCAGCAGUAAAUCCGGGUGAGAACGCCAUUUUGAUAGAAACUGAAAAUGUAGAUGUCGAUGAAAAAGAUAAAAAUGGAUCAACAGCGUUGCAGCGCGUAUGUCGAGACACUGGAGAUAUUGAAACAGUGAAGCAGUUACUUAAACUCGGUGCAGAAGUUAAUAAUACAGAUAAUAAUAAGGAUAGUGCUUUACAUUAUGCAUCAGGAUCAGAUGUGGAGAAUGCAGAUUUGAUCAAUUUAUUGAUAAGUUAUAUAACUAAUGUGGAUGUUCAAAACAAAGAUGGUUUAACACCCCUUCAUCUUGCAUGUGAAACUGGUAAAUUUCUGACAGCAAAGAUAUUACUUGAACACGGAGCAGAUGGAAAUCUUGUCGACAAGUAUAACCAAAAUGCUUUACAUUACGCUGCGUCAGAAGAAAAUCAAAAUGAGGAAUUAAUACGUUUACUGGUCAACAGAAGUGUAGAUGUAAAUGCGCAAGAUAUAGAUGGAAUAACGCCCUUACAAGUAGCUUGUCAAAAGUGCAAUUAUGUGGUAACAAAAUCAUUACUAGAAAAUGGAGCAAAUGCAAAAGUUGUGGACAUGGACUACAGAAAUGCUUUGCAUUAUGCUCUAUCAACAGAAAAACCAAAUGAAGAUAUCAUACAUUUACUAACACAAAAUGGUGCAGAUGUCAACGCUAAAGAUAAUGAUGGGACUACAGCAGUACACCUUGCAUGUAGAGCUGGUAAUUUAAAUAUUCUGAAUCUAUUACUUCAAAAUAGAGGAGAACUUAGACUUUUGGACAACGAUGGAGAAAACGUUUUGCACUAUGCGGCAUCUCAAAAAAACAGAGAUAUAAAUCUAAUACUACUCUUAAUACGUAAUGGUUUGAGCGUUAACAGCAAGGAUAACACCAAAACAACACCUCUACACCUGGCCUGCGAACACGGUAAUAUGGUAGUUGCCCAAACAUUACUUUCAAAAGGAGCAGAAGUUGAUAGCUUAGAUACGGAAAAAGAGAAUGCUCUUCACUACGCGAUGUGUACUACCAACAACAAUUCAGGUAUAUUACGCCUACUAAUCAACGGAGGCAUCGACAUUAAUGCCCAGAACAGUGAGGGAGCAACGCCGCUACAUCUUGCCUGCAACCGCGAAAACAAUCUAUUUGUUUAUGAAUUGCUCAAAAACGGAGCCCUCAUCAAUGUGUUGGACAAUGAUAAUGAAACUGUUUUGCAUUAUGCAGUAAGAAAAUUAAACGAAGAAACAUCAUUUGGGCUAAGUUUACUUCUGAAGUUUGGUGUUGACAUAAAUGCACAGAACAAUGAAGGGACUACGGCACUUCAGUUGGCUUGCCAAGGUGGUCUUCUGUCUUAUGUUGAAACAUUAAUUCUUCAUAGAGCUAACGUGAACGUUAGAGAUAAUGGGAACAAAAAUGCAUUAGAUUACAUAUCGAAGACAUCUAAAUAUAAAUUGGAUAUUGAAAAUCUAUUGGUUCUAAGAGGAAUCGACAGAAACGAUGUAAAUUGACACCACGACGAUGUGUUACAUUGUUACAAUUAAAAUAUUACUUAGUUCAAUUGUGUUCAAUUUUUUGCCGUAAUAUUCACGAUAAAAUAAUAUAAGCGGUAGAAACGUUAAUUAUUUACAUACUUAUGAAUAGUUUGAACUGAUAUUUAAAAUUUUUAAAAGAAUUGUACACUCUCUGUAUUUUUUUAUUGUUUAUAUGUUUUGUAUUUAAUGCUCAAAUAUGUUGUAUGAAAUUGUUAUAAUCUAUAAAUACUAAAAAAGGUGCUCCUAUCUCUGCUCUUCUUAAAUUUAUUCCCCUUUUUAAGUACAAAAAUUUCAAAUUUUUAUUUACUUGUUUUAAAUGAGGAAAAUGUAAAUGUUGUCAUGAACAACGUCACCCCUUUAAAACAUUGGGUCAGCUCAGAAUCCUGUGUGCCCAGACAUAAUGUUAUGGUACAUGCUUGUUUUCCUUAGAAUUCACUUUGAAGGAAUGAAGUAUUUCUAAAUUUUGUUUUUCAUUUUGUGCUAAGUUGAAAUAACGCAGCUUUUAUUGUGAAGUAAUGUUUGUAUUUAUUACCGCUAUUAUUUAUUAUGUUUUUUCAACUAUGUUAAUAAAACGUAUUUAACAAAUG